UCCCUUGGCGCGUUUUGCCGAGUUUCAAAAGCAUUUACCGCCAAUUCUUUAGGUUACAAUCAGUGAAUCAUAUAACGAUUCGUUGUUAUUUGCCGAGGCAAGAGGAAUCUGUAUCAGGAUCGAAAAUCGUGGUUCAAUCAAAUUCAAAUCAGAAUCGGCCAUGGAGAGCGACGACGACUUUCAGCUAUUGCCUCCCUCUCCCGUCCACGAACGAAAGCUCAAACGCUUGAAGAAAGCAACUAGGGCUCCCCAACACUCUCACCCUUCUGCGCUUCCUACCAAUUUUCCUGAAUCGGGAAACGCCGAAUCUGGGCCCGAACUUGAAACUUUGGGCCCAAGCCCUCGGCCCAACACUCCCAAAGGUGUAACCGUCGAGGACGAUGGCGUGGGCGCCAAGAGGGUUCUGGAUUUUGAUUCCGUGAGUGAGGAACACGGAAAAGUUGCUGAGGAGGCCGAAGAAGUUGGAGAUCUGAAGACCAGCGAAGAAGUCGAGAAUUUGAAUACCGGCGAAGGAGAGAGGAAACGACGUAGUUUAGACGACUUGCCCGAGAAGAAAGAAAAGAAGAAGAAAAAGAGAGUCGACGACGGCGAUGGCAGUGAGAAGAAGCAGAAGGAAUCUACCUCCAAUAAAAGAAAGGCCGAGAAGGAAAGGCAGGAAACUCUCAAACAGCUUCGAGCUGAGUCUCAGAGACUUCUUCGAGAAACUAGAGAUGCAGCUUUUAAACCCGCUCCUGUGGUUCAGAAGCCUAUUUCUUCCAUUUUGAAUAAAAUUCGGCAGAGGAAGUUGGAGAUUUUAAAGAAAUCUAGUGCUUCUUUUGAAGAUAAUGAUGACUUCGCGAUGGAUGAGGAUGUGACUAAUAAAGUAGAAAAGAGUGAACCAGUUACUUGUCCUGCAGCCACCAAGAGUGAUUUGAACACUCCACCUAUUGGUGAUUCUAACGAUGCUGCAAAUAAUUUAAGUUCUGAAAGCAUUCCUUCUCCCAUGGCCAAGGAUUCAGAAUCUGAGCAUGCAUUUCGAGCUCCUAUUGGUGAUACUCAGGAACUCUUCUCUGAUUCCGAGAGAAGUGAUACUAAAGACGAGGCUGCACAUGAGAAGUCUAACAACCCUUCAGAAGUUUUUGCUCCAUCGAUGCUUGCAAUGAACUUGAAACUUGAUUCUGCUCCUCCUGAUGAUGAUGUCUCUUCUGACGAGGAGGAGGAGGGCAAUGACAAGGAGAACAUAGAUCCACAUGUACAUGGAUCAGUUGACUUGACUUUAUCACCAAGUGGUGAUCCUGUUAGGGCUUUUGUCGACGAAGAAGCAGAAGAGGAAGAUGACAGCGAUAACGACCUACAGCGUUUUCAAGAUAAUGAAGAAGGUGAAGAAGAUGAUGAUGAGAUUGAGGAACUUAAGGACAUGAUUGCAACUCAAUAUGAAGAAAAGUCAAUUGAUAGAGAAAAGCGUGACCAACUCCAUCAGCAGUGGCUUGAGCAGCAGGAUGCAGCUGGAAUGGAUAAUCUACUUCAGAAACUUAAUUGUGGUUCCAAGUUGAAAGAAGCACCAUUAAUUGAAGAGGAAGAGGAAGAAAGCAGAGAAACUGAAAAUGAAUCAGAUGAUGAAGCUGAAGAAUACAUUGCUCGAUCAGAAGAUAUGAAGAUCACUCUGAAAAAAGUGAAGCAGAUGAUCCCCCUGAUGUUUACAGAUAAAGAUGAUAAAUAUGUAUCAUCUGAUGAUGAGGAAACUAAGGAGAAGCUUGCUAGACAACGCUUCUAUUAUAAAACUGAAGAGAAAGCUGAAUUCUUUUCACUUGCUGAGGAUGAAAGUAGCAAGGAAGUUUUCAGUCUCAUAAAGAAGUUAAAUGUGCCCGACACCAAGAGAAAAGGAAAAACUACUUCCAUCUUGGAUAUGCCGGGUAUUGGACAGAACACAAAUAUAUCAUCGAAGUCAUCUUUUAUCGGCCGGGCUUCAGAUCGUUUUGUGCCCCCUUCUCGAAAGCAGGGAUCCUGCAAGAUCCGAUCUUAUAUAUUUGGGCGAGAUGACAGCAACAGCAGGAGUUCAAUAUUGAUGUCAGAGGAUUCUUCAGAUACGAUUCCAAGGGAGAGUCAACCACAAAAAGCGGCUUCUGUCAAGUUCCAAAGAAAUACACAGAACAAAAAUGCCACCUUAAAUUCUGCACCUCAAAAGUCAAAGGUAUCUCUUUUGGAGAUAUUAAAGAGGUCUUCACAUCAAGCAGAACACUCUAUCCAGAAUGCCACAGUUCAACCAAAGGAAUCAAUAUUUGAUGCAUUCAAGUUAGUGAAGAAGCCAACCAAGACGGAGGCAAGAGUUUGAUGGGAGUUUUGGUCAUAUUCGUAUGGUUAAAACUAAACCUUCAUCAAUUAUCAUCUGAUUUAUUUCGACCCCUGAAAUAAUUUAAAAGAAGAUAUCAUCCGCGUAUGUGAAGUUAGAGCCAAGUUUUUUUUUGUCUAUAAAAUACUUUUUUUUUCA